AGAGGGAGAGAGAGAAGGAAAGUAGCAGCGACCAACCAUUGGUUGUUGCAGAAGAUUUUUUGAACCGUGACGCAAAACUAUUAAUGGUCAAAACAAUGCGAAAAAUAUCCUUUCUUUGUUUGGAUAUUAUAAUGACAUGUUUUUCUUUUUAAAAACCUAAUUAUGGAUCAAUUAAGAAAUACGCCUUUUUUUUUUUUUUUGUAAGAGAUAAUCCGAUAUUUUAAAUAUUUUUUUUUCUUCAUCUAAUGAGAGAAUGCUACGCAAAAAAUCAAUUUCCUGCAGGUAAAUAAAUAUAGAGACAGGUUUCUGUGAUCUGAUGGCAAUCAUGUUUAUAUUGUAAAGAUGUUUAACGAAAAAUAACAACAGAAGAACAAAACCUAAAACAGAUGAAUAUAUUGUGAUUGAUUUCUCGAAGAUGUUUUGACUCAGUAGUUCGUGUAUUUCUAUAAUUUAUUAUUUAUAGUAAUUAAGGCAAUUUAUGAUGAUAUGUAAUUAGACAGGAGGCCAGACCGGCCAGGUAAAUUUAGAUGUUGCAUGAAAAGCAAAGCAGAAGACUAAUUAAUUAGUGCAAUUAAAAAGAAAACUAAAAAAAAGAAAAGAAAAUCCAAAUAUGAUUGCGAAUUAAGAUGUCAAAGAAAUAACCAGGUGUUGCUGACCGCAUUUUAAAGUGGUUGGAACUACCUCACCAUUAUUCUACUUUGAACCAAAGUGUCAUCUAUGAAGACAGCACAGCUAGCCCUAUUAUCAAUUCUUUCUGUUGCUUUUCACACCUGAUGCUGUAAUUCCAUAACAACUAUGAAACCAAAAUAGAUAUUGGACAUCUUCGUUCUUAUUUUAAACAACACAUUCUAAAGAAGAAGAAGAAAAAAACCUCAGCAUCUUUUGCUUACUAAUUCGAAUAUGUACUGUUCUUUACGUUGGUUACUCAUGUCAUCCUAUACGUUGACCAUAAUUCUGUUACUAUCUUUGGUAACUAUGCCUCCAACAACGGCUUUGAAACAUAAGAAUCUUACAAUUGGUACGAUUUUCCCUAUGACUGGAGGCUGGGCCGGUGGUAAAGCCUGUCUUCCAGCGGUGAAGAUGGCUUUGGACGACAUUAAUAAAAGACAUGAUGUUCUUCCUGAUUAUAACUUAGAGAUGGACUACAAAGAUAGCCAGUGUAUGCCUGGUCUUGGAACUAAAGUUCUCUAUGAGUUGCUCUACAAUCCACCAACCAAAAUUCUGGUUUUAACCGGCUGUAGCAUUGUUUCAACGUUUGUAGCAGAAGCUGCCAAAAUGUGGAACCUUGUUGUUCUUGCUUAUGGUGCCAGUUCCCCAGCUUUGUCCAAUCGAGAUCGAUUUCCGACAUUCUUUCGGACUCAUCCUUCAGCUACGCUGCAUAAUCCGACACGAGUCAAGUUAUUCCAGCGAUAUAAAUGGAAACGAAUCGCUACCAUCCAAGUGUCCCUUGAAGUAUUUACUUCCACAAUCGACGAUUUAGAGAGAAAAGUCAAGGAAGCCAAUAUCGACAUUGCUGUACGUCAAAGUUUUUUGACUGAUCCAACGAACGCCGUUAAAAAUUUAAAGAGGCAGGAUGCUCGUAUCAUCGUUGGAGUUUUUUAUGAAGAUAUGGCCAGAAGAGUCUUCUGUCAAGCUUACAAAGAGAAACUGUAUGGCAAGAAGUAUGUUUGGUUCAUCAUUGGUUGGUAUCCAGACAACUGGUACAUGGCCGAAGACAAAUCUAUCAACUGCACGGUCGAUCAACUGAAGGAAGCUCUUGAAGGCCAUUUUACAACAGAAGCCAUGAUCUUGAACCAACAACCUACAAAGACUUUGGCAAAUAUGACAUCGCAAAGAUAUAAAGAACGUCUUGACUCCAAGCUAAAUGUCUCUGACACAAGCCAAGUCACCGGAUACCCAGAAUCUCCUCUUGCAUAUGAUGCAUUGUGGGCUGUGGCAUUAGCGCUAAACAAAACAGCAGCAAGAUUAGCAUUAAAAAAUCUCACAUUGGACGAAUUCGAUUACAAUAAAAAGCAUAUUACAGAUGAAAUUUAUUCAGCAAUGGAUUCAACAAGUUUUCUAGGAGUGUCGGGAAAUGUAGCUUUCUCUUCGGAAGGUGACCGAAUUGCUUUGACACAAAUCGAACAAAUGAUAAAUGGAACUUACCAUUUAAUGGGAUAUUAUGAUUCUGUUACUGAUAACCUCACCUGGUUAGAUAAAGAACAAUGGCUAGGAGGGAAGCCACCACCGGAUCAUACAAGAUUUGUUCGAUUUCUCAGAGUUGUUCCUCAGGGUUUGUUCUUUAGUAUGUCUGUACUUGCAUUCUUUGGCAUUUUGGCUGGCAUAGUUUGUAUGUCUUUCAAUAUCAUGCACAAACACAGAAGGUUAAUUAUCUAUUCCCAUGCCGGAGUCAAUAAUGUGAUGGUAGUUGGGUGCCAGAUGUGUUUAUUUUGUAUAUUCCUUAUUGGAAUGGAUGGUCAAUUUAUAUCAGAAGAUAUAUAUCCAGUGGUCUGUCAGAUUCGGGCUUGGUUACUGACUAUUGGUUUCACCCUUGGCUAUGGCUCAAUGUUUUCCAAGAUCUGGACUGUACACCGUUUGGCCACAACACGGAAAAAAGAAAGAAAGGUUGUCCGUAAGUGGGAGCUCCUGGCUGUCUUAGUCUGUCUGUUGGUUAUCGAUAUGGCCAUUUUGGUACCAUGGCAGUUACUGGACCCCCUCUAUCGGCAUUUAGAAAAGUUUCCCCCAGAGGAACCAAAACACACAAGUGAAGAUAUCAUGUUGGAACCAUAUUUAGAGCAUUGCAGCUCAAAAAAUAUGAAAAUAUGGUUGGGUAUAAUGUUUAGUUAUAAAGGCGUUCUCCUUAUAUUUGGUUUAUUCCUGGCCUAUGAAACCCGUAGUGUAAAGCUGAAACAAGUUAACGAUUCACGAUUUGUUGGUAUGAGCAUCUACAAUGUUGUGGUUCUGUGUGUCAUCACAGCUCCAAUCACUUUGAUCAUAAACAGCCAACAAGAUGCUACAUUUGCUUUCAUGUCCCUUGCUAUUGUCAUGUGUAGUUUUCUCUCAAUGGGACUUAUAUUCGGACCAAAGAUUGUGGAUGUUUUAAAUAAUCCGCACCAAGAAGGAAUGGAAAUCCGAGCAUUGACAGAUUCUUUGGCAAGUCGUGAAGAAGAAGAACGCUAUCAACGUCUUUUGGCUGAAAAUGAAGAAAUAAAGAAAGCCAUUGCUCAGAAAGAAGACAGAUUGAAAGAUUUGAACGAACGUGUUAAAAAGGCUCAACAACAGAUGUUAACGAUGAAGAAAGAAAAUUAUGUUUCACCUCCCUUAACCGACGCCACCAACAACAGCAUUGCCUGCACUGCUCCUAUGAAACCACUGAAUAACAUCAAUUUGCCUCUACAAAACCUCAAUACAAAUAAUAUGAGCUCACUGCAAUCAAAACCUGAUUUAACGUCUGCCAAUAUCCAAAACGGACAGAAGUCAGGACAGAUUAUUGUUGAUCUUAAUACGGAUUCAGGCUUAACUUCUGUCCCUAAUUCCGUACUUACAAACAGCCCAAAUAACAAAACGAAAGCCUCGGAACUUGAUCCGUUUUGCUGAUAUUUCUUUUUUGGAAAAUAGCAUCUAAAUUAUAUGAAACACACACACACACUAAGAGGGAAAAAUUAGACUUUGCUUAAAAAUAUAACUUCUACAAAGAAAAAAAACAAACUUAUUUGUAAUUAUGUACAUCUUUCAACUUGUAUGAAAUUCAAUUACUCAAAGAAUAAUAAUGAACUGAAUAUUCUAAUCCUGUUGAUUAAGGCAGUGAGGUGGUAGCCUCCCCACAAAUUUGAGGCCUUGUGCCUCCACUAAAGGCGGGGGUCGAUGUAAUUAAUUUACUCCACCCCCAAAAUUACUGGUCUUGCACCAAAAUUUUAAAUCAGUAGAUUGUAAGGAUUAAAACAUCUAUUUUAACUUUAAAAGGUGGGGGUAGGAGAAGAACUAAGCUAAUGGUUUAAGAAUGAUGAUGAUGAGUAGAUAAAACAUUUGUUACAUGAUUUAAGUGUAAAAGAUUAAAGGAUUAUAAGGACUUAAGUGAUAUGUUAUCAAAUAAAACAUAGGUUUUAUAAAAUAUAAAAUGAACUUAAAAAAAAAUUUAAUUUUAGAGAGAAAAAAAUUUUGUAAUUUUCUAAAUUUAAUGAAACUGCCCAAAUCAAAAGUUAAUUAUUUCACAAUUAAAAAUUUUGAAGUUAGUAUUAAAAUAUAAAAAAAAAAAGUUCAAGACCAUUUAAAGGUCUUUAAUGGAAGAGACUUUUUGUUAAACAUUUGGUUGAAGUUUUAAAAAUAUUUAUUGUUUACUUUUGUUAAAGGGUGAAACCCUUGGCAGAAAUGUUAGAGUGUCAGACAAAACUGCCUUGCAAGAUUUGUUUUGACUCUUAACAUUUUGAGUUCAAAUCCUGCUGAGGUUAGCUUCACCAUUCAUAGUUGUUAAAAUGAAGUACCAGGUACCAGUUCAGUACAGGGAGGAGGAGGGGAGUGGGGUUGAUGUAACUGGAUCCCAACGAGGUCAGUUUCAUGUUACACCCUUUUGGGGGUUGAUGAAAUAAAGUACCUGGUACCAGUCAAGUACUGAGGGUUGAUAUAACCAGCUAACACCCUCCCCUCAAAUUUCAAGCCUUGUAUUUCUAAAUUUACGUUUGUCUGUUGAAAUUGUAUUUUGUCAAAAUCAAAGCUGUUCAGAUGAAUAUAGACGUGCAUAGUUUAUAAUCUACCUAACGUUAAUCCUAAAUUCUAAAACUUAUAGAAAAUAUUUUUCUACAAUGUCAAAAAUGUACCCUUCUCUGUCGUUAACUAUUUCUUAUAGUUUUAACAUCAUCUUUUGGAUGGUUUUUUUUCAAUGCAUUUCAUUGUUAAGUCUUGUUUAUGAAAAUGCUAUCAGUUUUCGUUUUCCUUUUUGAGGUUAAAAUUGUUCUAAACUUUGUAAUUGUUAGUUAUUUAAAAAAAAUUUCUCCUCUUUUAUUAACUUGAAAAUAAAAUUUAAAAAAAUGUUCAAAAAAUCUUUUUUCAGAAAUAGAUCUAAAAAUGAUAAUUUUUCAACAAAUUGUGAAGUUGUAUAGAUCUAGACAAAAAAAAGAUAAAUUCCUUAUUUCUCCCCGCCCCCCUCAACACAAAAUAGAUAUAUUGUUUAUUAAUUAGUUAGAAGACAAAUAUAUUAAUAACAUUUAUAUUACUCUAAUAAAGAAGAUAGACAAAAAAAAGUUGUACCAUUGCCUGUGUGACUCGAAUACUGCGACUGCUGUUAAAUGUAUAACUGUGUUAAACCACUCACACCAAAGGAACAAUAAAUUCUUAAUUAAUA